GUCUUGUGAUUGGUCAGCUGCUCUUAGACGCAGCCAAUCAAACUGCACAGGAGGUGGGACUUGCAAGAAAAGGGUUUGUAAAAAUAGCACAGCUUGGACCGGAUUGGACCAUUGUGUUAUGUAGUAUUACCUUUCAGCUGUCAUUCACACGCUCGGAUUCCUCUACCGGGUAAAAGAUUAACAUUUUAAAUCUGUCCACGCAUUUUGGGAUCAACCGCGUAUAUUUUAUUUGGUGGAAUGAAGGUUUGAACCUGUUUUCAUAAUUUCAUGUCAUGUAAUUGAUGUAUCAUAACAAAAAUGAUAACCAUCACAGAGAAAAGACAUCACGCAAUCACGCAAAACAACAACGCAAUCGUUACGAAACGAAGAAGGAAGUCUUAUACUGCAGAUGUUUAUUUGAAGAUGCUGUAACUAAGAAUAUCAGGCUGUACAAAGAGCACUGUAAUGUCAGGACGGAUGUCCAAUGGACUGCUGAUGGACAGAAGCCGGUCAUGAACACAUGCAAUGGCUAGAAGACUCGAGCGAGGAUAGAGCAGAACUACAGUGCCAUGGAGGAUGUCCAGUCCAGACCCCAUUCAGCCCACUCCACAUACUCACAGAGGACUGAGGAUGCAGCCUCCGCCUUGGGAAAUCAUGCUGAACAUCACCUUACUGUCAGUCAGACAGUCCUGGUGGUUCCGAAGCGCUCAGAGAGCCCCAGUCCGAGUAUGACCGAAGAGACGAUUUAUGUCCCUCGACCGGUGUCUUCAGUAGAUGCUUGUACUAACACAGACCCUCCAUAUGAAUGCUGCCCAUGGCUGCGCAGACUGUGCCCGUGCCCACCUAGAGGCCUGCUGGCUACCAUUAUCACCAAAGUGUCCAUGGCCGCAGUGCUCUUUGGGGUGGUGUGGUCUAUAACAGAGAAGGAAUGUCUUCCUGGCGGGAACCUCUUUGGCAUUGUGACUUUGUUUAUAUGUUCCGUAGCCGGGGGAAAGCUGUUCGGACGCAUACGCUUCCCCAACGUGCCACCUUUACCUCCACUACUUGGCAUGCUGCUGGCAGGGUUUAUCCUCCGAAACAUCCCUGUUGUGACAGAUGCAGUUUACAUUGAUGUUAGAUGGUCUGCUUCUCUGAGGAACAUUGCACUGGGUGUCAUUCUGGUCAAGGCUGGGCUGGAAUUAGACGGCAAGGCUCUGAGGAAGCUAAAAGCUGUGUGUUUGCGUUUGUCCAUGUUCCCUCUCACCUUUGAGGCAACCACUAUGGCUGUGGUCUCCUAUUUAAUUUUGGGUCUUCCAUGGGUCUGGGGUUUUAUUUUAGGGUUUGUUCUCGGGGCCGUUUCUCCUGCUGUUGUGGUUCCAUCUAUGCUGCUUCUGCAAAAGGAAGGAUACGGUUUGGAGCAGGGUAUACCUACUCUUCUCAUGGCAGCAUGCAGCGUUGAUGACAUCAUUGCCAUUACCUGCUUCACCACCUGCUUGGGUAUAGCUUUCGCCUCAGGCUCUGUGUGGUUAAAUAUACUGAGGGGACCACUGGAGGUAUUAGGUGGUGCGGUCGCUGGUGUGGCCUUGGGGUACUUUAUCCGUUACUUCCCCAGCAGAGACCAGGGAAACCUUGUGCUGAAGCGUUCCUUCCUGGUAUUGGGGCUGGCCGUGUUUGCUUUAUUUGGCAGUAACGUGGCUGGGAUUCCUGGCGCAGGAGGACUAUGUACGCUAGUGCUGACGUUCGUGGCCGGACUUGGCUGGGGGAAAUCUAAGGCUCCAGUGGAAGCAGUGGUGGAAAGGUUUUGGCAUGUGUUCCAGCCUCUUCUCUUUGGUCUCAUUGGUGCUGAGGUUAUCAUUUCUUCUUUGGAGGUCACAACUGUUUUUCUGGGUAUAGCAGCCCUGUUCAUUGCACUCACGGUACGCCUGCUUAUCACUUUUGUCGUGGUAAUGCGAGCUGGGUUUAACCUGAAAGAGAAAGUCUUCAUCGCUCUAGCCUGGAUGCCUAAAGCCACAGUACAGGCUGCCAUAGGCUCUACAGCUCUGGACAUGGCACGCUCCAAGAAUGACCUAGAGCUCCAGAGGUACGCCAUGGAUGUCCUCACUGUGGCUGUGCUGUCCAUUAUCAUCACCGCUCCUAUUGGAGCACUCCUCAUCAGCCUGCUUGGCCCUCGACUACUGCAGAAACCAAAGAACCCUGAGUGGGCUGUCAGUCAAGGUGCUUUAUCUGCAUCGGGGACCCCAGUGACGUAUGAGAGCGCUCUGUGAUGUUUCUAGAAUGCUUCUGGGAAGCGACAACCCGACUCCAAGGCUGCUGCUGAUCCUUUUGUCUUGAAAGUGGAUUCUCAAACUCAUUAUUACUGCGACCCUCUGAAGUCAGACUGCAAAAGUGACAGACAUGCUUUUCAGAUGAAGAAACCCAACUAUCAUUUUUACCUUCCAAGGUGGAUGAAAACACUUCAGUCACUCACAUAUUUCUUUUACAGGUGACAAGUUACAAGGUAUUAUUCUCUAAAAGCUGGGAUUUUGAAGAAACGAACAAUACAGGGAUCAUUGUUAGCACUAAAAUUCAUGUUUAUGAAUAUCUUUUUUUCUAACUGGCUUAUGUUUGUAUCGAUAGUACUUCUUACGUUAGAUAUAUUACAGAUGAGUCUGUAGUGACUGCAUAUCAGUGUUACAGGAGGUCAUAAAGUGGUCAGUGCUGUCAUGACUCUGUCUGGAACGGAGUAGUAGGUUACUGUUUACUUAGCAUUGUACUUAGCUAAAUAUGACCCUGUGACCCUGGACCACAAAACCAGUCAUACUGUAAGUAGUAGGAGUGGGAAUCUUUCAGUAACUCAUGAUUCAAUUUAAAUUGAUUCUUGGGAAAAGAAAUUGAUUCACUUUUUUUUUUUUUUAAAUACACCAGUCUAAAGUAUGAGUAUUCCUGACUCAAGAAAUCAGUGUUUCCUAUUAACUGUUAACUUCCUAAUAAAUCAAAAAUAUUUUACACUUCCCAUUAGGGAUGUGCGAAUCUGAUCAAGUGGUAGGCCUACCUAGCACAUAUUUUAUAAGAUUGGAUGUUUGCAAGUCAUUCGCCAUCGUCCUAUUAGUCAUAUAUCCUUUAUCUGUUUAUGUGGUAAGUGAAGUAUAUGUACGCUAAUUUAUAGGCUACUGCUAACGGGGUUAACCAUGUCCCUUUAGUGGCUCCAUAUAACGCAUUGUUUUCCGUCCUUUUUUUCGAAUACGGAUUCACUAUUUGGGUACAUCCUUACUUCCCAUAAUAACAAAAGAUCAAUAAUUAAUAUAAUAUUUUUCCAAACACAUGCUCUCCCUGAAAAUGUCAGGAUAUAAAUUAAAUGAAAAGGUCAGGAUAUAUUUGUUUUUCCUCCAUUGCUUUUGCAUUUUUGUUAAGAAAACAUCAUGUUAUUAUUAUUAUUACUACUAUAUUAACUAGAAAAUCGAAUUUUGAAAUUGUGAAUCAAUGGAAAUCGCUAGAAGACUGAAUCGCGAUUCAAAUGUGAAUAGAUUUUUUUUCCCCCCACCCCUAAUAAGUAGCCAACAAUACAUUGUAUGGGUCAAAAUUAUUGAUUUUUCUUUUAUGCCAAAAAUCAUUUGGAUGUUAAUUAAAGAUCAUGUUCUAUUAAGAUAUUUAGUAAAUUUCCUACCGUAAAUAUAUCAAAACUUAAUUUUUGAUUAGUAAUAUGCAUUGCUAAGAACUUCAUUUGGCCAACUUUAAGGGCGAUUUUCUCAGUAUUUAGAUUUUUUUUUCAACUUCAGAUUCCAGAUUUUUAAAUGGUUGCAUCUCAGCCAAAUAUUGUCUUAUCCUAACAAACUUUCAGAUGAUGUAUAAAUCUCAGUUUUAAAAAAUUGUCCCUUAUGACUGGUUUUGUGGUCCAAGGUCACAUAUUACUGCCGGAAAAUGACAUUAUUUGAUUUUUUUUCGCCAUUGUCAGUGCCUGACGAUGGUUGUUUUAAACAAUCUUUUAAACAUUAAAAAACUACAUUUAACAUUCUGAUCAAAUAAUGAAGCUUGAAAAAGGUUUCUUUCAAUAUAUCCAUUAAUCUGGAAAUGGAAGGUCAAGUUGAGUACAUUGCUAAAUAAGAGUAUUUCAUGCAAGAGUUACAUUUUGGCAAAUGUAGUAGUUUAUCAUGGUAUUCUAGGCAUGUUAUACAGUAGUCAACAUUUGAAGUGGAUCAAAACCUUUCAUUAACGUUGUCCUAAAACCAAAAUAAUACCCAUUCUUGUCUUAAAGCAACUUUGAACGUUUUUGAUCCACUUCAGAUGUUGACUACUGUAUAUUGCAGCAAUAGUAGAAGUAGUGUGAUAGUAAUAUUUUUCCAAACACAGUCAUGGAUCUGCAUUCUGAGAUUGCUCAGAGUUUUUGCAAAGACUACUGUGGUCACUUCAGAGCUCAGCUACAGUUUGUGUUUACAGUGGUAGUAAUUUUAGAACCUAAAGAAGGAUUUUUUAUUUAGUAGUAGUAGUAGAAUGACAAAUCAUAUAUUUUUGCCUCAGCAUUGCACAGUGCAUCAUGUUACUUUCUGUGAACCAUAUUUAUAUAAGUAUUUUUUUUCCAUAUGAUUGUUUUCAUGAUGUGUAUUUGAGUGUUAUAUAGAGUCAUAAGCAAGAGGAAGUUAUUUUAUGAAUACUGUUAGAGGGUUAUGUUUACAGCUUGAAAUUUACAAGGUUUUGUGUCAUGGUUUUGAUACAGUAAUGGUAAUGCUACAUGCAGUCACUGAUCAUUUAAGGAAUUAAAUGCUGACUUUUAUCA